UCCCAUAUGCACCAUAUGCACCACCAGCAGCAGCAGCAGCAGCAGCCUCUUUGUACUUGUCCGCCUCAGCAGCAAGUUGCUUACCCGCGGUCAUGCGCAGUCGGCGCCCAGACCAGCUCAGUCCGCUCAGUGCUACAGUCAGAGAGCUACAGGUGUAGCUACCUGCUGCAAGGCUGCAGGAGACCAUCAGCAACCAUGUCCGACCAAGCAGCCUUCGACACCAACGUGGUCACCAUGACCCGGUUCGUUAUAGAGGAGGGCAGGAAGGCGAAAGGCACCGGGGAGCUGACAACGCUGCUCAACUCGCUGUGCACGGCGGUGAAGGCCAUUUCCAGCGCUGUGCGCAAAGCUGGGAUCGCCCACCUUUUUGGCAUUGCUGGCAGCACCAAUGUGACUGGUGACCAGGUGAAGAAGCUGGACAUUCUGUCCAAUGAUCUGGUCAUCAACAUGAUCAAGUCGUCGUUUACCUCCUGUGUGCUGGUGUCUGAGGAGAAUGAGAACGCCAUCAUUAUAGAGCCAGAGUUGAGGGGCAAAUACGUUGUGUGCUUUGACCCUUUGGAUGGCUCAUCCAACAUCGACUGUCUCGUCUCCAUCGGAACCAUCUUUGCUAUCUACAAAAAGACCACAGAUGAUGAGCCCUGUGAGAAGGACGCCCUGCACCCUGGCAGGACCCUUGUGGCGGCAGGCUACGCCCUCUACGGCAGCGCAACCAUGAUGGUGAUCUCCACCGGCGAUGGAGUCAACGGCUUCAUGCUCGACCCAGCACUUGGCGAAUUUAUCCUGGUUGAUCGGGAUGUGAAGAUCAAGAAGCGAGGCAAGAUUUACAGCGUGAAUGAAGGUUACGCAAAGUACUUUGACCCCGCUGUCACAGAGUACCUGCAGAAGAAGAAGUUCCCUCAGGAUGGCAGUGAGCCUUACGGUGCCCGUUACAUUGGUUCAAUGGUGGCAGAUGUCCACCGGACGCUGAUGUAUGGAGGCAUCUUUUUAUACCCAGGAAAUGUGAAGAGCCCCCAAGGAAAGCUGCGGCUGCUGUACGAAGGCAACCCCAUGGCCUUCAUCAUGGAGCAGGCGGGCGGCAUGGCCUCCACCGGCUUCGAGCCCAUUCUGGACAUUCAGCCUGAGGGCAUCCACCAGCGGGCUCCUGUGGCUAUGGGCUCCCCCGACGACGUCCUGGAGUACAUCGCUAUUUGCAAGAAACAUGCUAAGAAGAAGUGAGACCGCACUGACUCAAUCUCACAAUCGUCACUGUCCGGCGAAAAACCUUGUAUCUCCAAACUGGAAGUUGGCCUCAUUUUGAGCUUGAUUUAAAUGUAUUUUUUGAUAAUGUCUCGUGGAGUUUAAAACUGGUUUCCUAAGCUCAAAACUGUCAGGGGAUCUUCUUAGUUAGAUAACCAAAUUUGGAGUCCCAAGGUUUUUUUUAAUGCCAUCCAUCAAUGCAGGUUCUGCUGACGGAUAAUAGAAAGAAGGUGGUUCAGUAGAAUCAUGAAAACUCUGGCUCAUAAGCUCAAUUACGCACACAAAUGCACACAUUCCAUACAAAAACUACCAAAGACUAAACAUGCACUUAAAUAAACGAAACCUGAAGACUUUUCCUCCUGUUUACCCCCAGUUGUGCCUUUUAAUUAGAAUGAAAGUACAUUCUAGUCGUGUGAAGGACCAAAUACAAACCUCUAUGCAACAAAACAUGAUGCCUUUUUAUUAUGUAAACAACUGUUGUUUAGAAUGAAGUCUCAAUAAAUAUAAUUGAGUCUAAGAAGUCA